AUGAUUCGUCUUUCUUGUGGCAUCAGAAUUACACGUAUAAUUUUGCUUGUUUUGAAUAUUCUUUUUAUUCUACUUGGUUUUGCAUUAUUGGGAUUUGGAAUUUAUCUUAAAGUAAGCAAAAAAUUUGAUGUAGCAUUAUCAGAUCAUAUUAAUGCACAAAUUAUUGGUGGAGAAGCUAUUGCAGUUGUUGGAGUAAUCUUAAUUGUUGCUGGUAUUUUUACAAUAUUUUUAUCUUUAUUUGGUUGUUUAGGUGCUCUAUUCAAAAAUCGGCUGUUUCUCUAUUUAUAUGGAGUAAUUCUUAGUAUUUUAAUGAUUUUGGAAUUGGCUGCAUUUAUUACAACGAUGAGUUCUCGUGUUCGUGUACGUGAUAGUUAUGAAACUGGUCUUUGGACAGUAUUUAGGAAUGCAUAUGACAGUAAUCGAUCAGAUCUCAUUAAACAAGUAGAAGAUUUAGAAAUAGAAUUCCAAUGUUGUGGUGUCACAGAUUACAAUGAUUAUGCAACAGUAAAUUUCACAGUUCCGGCAUCAUGUCAUAAAGAUCAGUCAUUAUCUAAACCUAUAAAUAAAAAAGGUUGUGCUGAUGCCAUUAUUGAUUGGAUAUGGGAUGAAUUGCCAGUAAUCGGUGGUAUCAUAGGUGCUAUAAUAUUUAUUGAAAUUUUUGGAGUUAUCUCUUCAAUUUCAUUGGCUGUUGCUAUUUCACAUUAUUCAUAUGGGGAACUGUAUGGAAAAUUAUAA